AGUUUUUGUCAUUAUUUAUAACUACACACAAUUCUUGAAAUGUCGUCAAAGACUUUUGAUGAAGAUCACAUUGCGAACAAGUUGUCUCUAUUUUUUGAUAGAUACAAGUCCAAAAUCAUAACUUUUCCCAAAGAGAAGGGUUGGAUGACUGAUGAACUAUACAUGUAUCAAGGUUUUUGGUUCCAAUCUGCUCGAAUGUUUUCAAUUAUGACUGUUAUGGCAGCACAAGACGAUUUUAAACCUCAUCCAAGUGAUAUCUACUUGGCCACACAGCCAAAGUGUGGCACAACAUGGCUCAAGUCGCUCGUGUUUGCUAUAGUGAACAGAAACCGUUACCAAAACGAAAACCAUCCCCUUCUCUCCACUAAUCCCCAUAAACUUGUGCCUAACAUUGAGACCGAAGUCGUAGAAAAGAUUCCUACUUAUGCCGAGGGCCACUCACCCCGUCUCUUUUUUACCCAUCUACCUUGCAUUUCAUUGCCCCCGUCCAUUCUUGAUUUCGGUUGUCGCAUAGUUUAUAUGUGUAGAGAUCCUAAAGACGUUUUAGUUUCCUUGUUUCACUUUGCAAACAAGCUUAGAGGCACAUCGACUGGCCCAAUGACGGUUGAGGAGGCAUUUGAGAAGUUUACUAAAGGUAUCACCCCACAUGGACCGUAUUGGGAGCACGUGAAAGGGUAUCGUAAGGCCAGUUUAGAAAAUCCAUCCAAGAUCUUGUUUUUAACAUACGAGAACAUGAAAUCGGAUACUGAAAAUAAUGUGAAGAAUCUUGCGGACUUCUUGGGCUACCCUUUCACCGAAGAGGAAAACUCUCGUGGUGUGAUGGAAGAGAUUGUGAGCUUGUGUAGUUUUGAAAAGUUGAGUGCGGCCAAUAAGCAUGGUGAUUUAGGUCGUGGUUUGCCAAAUAGCGCCUUCUUUCGGCAAGGUAACGUUGGAGACUCGAUCAAUUAUCUCACACCUGAAAUGAUCCAAAUUUUGGAUGACAUUACUAACAAAGAGUUCCACGGUUUAGAUAUUUCCUUCUAAAGUUGAUUACAUUGUAUAAUAAGUCAAGGGUAUGUGUCCUUGUAAUUUGUCUUUGUGUUUCAGUUUUUAAAUAAUGGGUUUCUCUAUUGACCCAGCCUAGCUAUUUCCUUCCUUCCUGCAGUAUUUAAGUUUAGUUCUUGACAGCCUUGUAAUGUAUCAAAAUCUUCAUUGAAAUCAAGAAAACUUGAGUUUGCUCAUAA